CAUGCAGUGGCGUGGACUGUCCCACUGUCCUAGAAGCUGCUGGAUCGUGAAGCAACGAGCGGUCGGGAAAUGCAUGUGAAAAUGCAAAGUUAAGAGCACUGACUGCAUAGGUGGAUGUUGUGGCAAGGUUUGUGUAUCCUGCACAUGUAGUAGACGAUCCAGAUACGCAGCCUGAAGGCUGCCCUGCAACAAUGCCAGAGUCCUCCCUGGUCAAGGACAUUUGCGGCAGCUCCAUUGAAUGUAGACCAUCUCCCUUGAGGCAGUUUAGCCAAUCAUCGCUGCCACUGCACAGAAACAACAUGCUCAGUACCUUUUGCACAGAGGAAAACGUGCAGGAAUGUCUAUCACACAUCAAUCAGGAGGUGUCAUCUCUUGGCCUUCCACCAGUUUGGAUGGAGUCUGGAGGAAGCUCAGAAAUGAAUGUUGUGGCUGUGCUAAAUUGCUUGUAUGAACUGAUUCAGCUGCACCACAGGGGCCUCCGGACUCUGGAAAACAUGGAAGUGGAGCAACUUAAGUCCAGCAGUAAUGUGGACUACCUGCAGCUCACCAGCACCCAACUAAAAGAGCAGCUUGAACUGUCCAAAAGAGAAAACACGGGACUCCUUGAGAGAGAACGACAGCUGCAGCUGAAAGUGAAGAGUUUGCAAAACUGUCUGAAAAAUGAAAAAGAAGAGCUGCAAAAACUUCAGAACAUAAUUGCAAGCCGGGCCAGCCAGUACAAUCAUGAGAUGAAAAGGAAAGAAAGAGAAUUUAACAAACUGAGGGAGCGCUUGAAUCAACUUCUGGUUGACAAAAAGGAGAAGAAACAAGCCAUUGAUGUAUUAAACAACAUUGGAAGAGCUGAUGGGAAGAGAAGCCUUUGGAAAACUGAAAAGACAGAAGCAAAGCAUGAGGGGGAGAUGUAUAAGACUUUGCUGAGCGACUAUGACAUCCGACAAAGGGAGUUGCUGCUGGAAAAUGCAGAGUUGAAGAAAGUGUUGCAGCAGAUGAAAAAAGACAUUGUGUCCAUUCUGAGUUCAAAGAAACCAACGCUGAAAGACGACCAACAUCAAGAUGAUGAUAUACAGGCUGACUCGGAAGAGGAAGUGUUUGAUUCCAGUAAAGAAAGUGUUGAGCUGUAUUGUGUUCACGCACGGGAGAAGCUGACCAACAGUAUUCGCCUCCAGUGGAGAAGACUUAAGAGCCACGUUGAAAGAUUGGACAACCAAGUAUCUUUGGCUCAGAUUGGCAGGAGCAAAAAUACUGAUGCUGUUUCCCAAGUGACUCGUGAGGAGGAGAUGGACAGACUGAAGCUGGAGAUCCAGCAGUGCAAAGACUUCAUUCAAACACAACAUCAGCUCCUGCAGCAGCAGCUGAGCUCUCCGUAUGAUGAGGAGAAGGCAUCCCUGCUGAGCGACUGCUACAUGCUGCAAGAGAAAGAGCGCUUCAGAGAUGAGUGGAAGACCCUUGAGGAACAGAGAAAGAUAUUUGAGAGGGAGAGGAGGAACUUCACUGAAGCAGCUAUAAGACUUAGCCAUGAGAGAAAGGCCUUUGAGGACGAUCGAGCAACGUGGCUCAAACAUCAGUUUUUAAACUUGAGUCCAUUUGCUGACUCAAAGAAACCCCAGAUGUCAAAGUCCAAAAGUGCCUUUUUAAUAUCUAAAACAGAAGCGAGUGCAGCGUCAGCUCCAGAAAAUCUCAUCAAAAGGCCAUCUGACACAACCUCCCCCACACCCAGAUGUGUCCCACUGACAUCACAAUCAACAGCCGAACUGUAUCCCACAUUUUGCCUUGUCCCAGAAAACAGAUCAACCAAACCAAAGAGAUUGACUGAACAUGUUGAAGAGUCAAGCAUCUUUUUAAAUGGAAAUGUUCCCGUUCAGCACAAACAGUGGAACGGCCGUGAAGAACACAGCAGCCACACACUCACAAAGGAAAAGACAAGCUCUAUAUGAAGCCAAAAACUUUAAUAAUUUGAAUCAGAAUUCCUGUUAAUGUUCAUUGAUUAUACCGGUAGAUGAUUUGUAGUAUUUCAGAAAUGCACCUGAAUUGUGAUUACCAAACACUGGAAGAUUAAAUAAUUUUUAACAGUUGAAGUUAAACAAGAGUCCUGGUUAGCUGCUGGUUUUCUGUGCUCUGUGUGACUGAGAGCAAAUCAAAUUGUUUCUUUUUAAUUAUUUUACUGUUUUGUAUUUAGAUUAUGUGAUAAAUGUAUUUAUUUAUGUGGUGCUGUAAAUCUUGUUUUGGCAGUCAUCUAAUGUGUAGAAUCUUAGUCUAAGGCUAGUACUUGUGCCACAAAAGAUCAUGUGUAAGGAGAUGUUGCUUGGCCCUUGUUAAUGUUUGCAUUUGUACAUAAAUAUAUAUU